AUGCCCCGGCCAAAACCUCCUCCUACCCCUACUGGAUCAACCGACCUGAAAGCCUCGGACAGGGUUUCGCAAGCCACAGAUAUGGAAUCAAUGUUUACGCUACCGCCGCCAGCGUUGAAAUCCAUCGAGACAUCUACUCAGAAUAACCAGACGAAAACAAGUACUCGAGACAAUUCCAGCAGCUAUACUCAGAGCACACCACCCAUCUCACCGCAGGACAAACCCCUCGCAUCCAGUCCUCGACACAAAAGGACGGCAUCCGGCCUGGUCAAAACGACUUCAAACACUGAACCUCCACCUAGCGAACCCUCGAAUUCGUCCUACGCCCUUCCUCCACCACCCAGUCGCGCUCGAAAGAUCAUCCAGAUGAAGCCCAAAUCCGCACCUUCCCCGGACAGCGAUGGCAGUUACCAACCACCGCCAGCUGCUGCGGCUGCUGCUCCUUCAGCCGCCGUUCCCAAAGCUGCCAGCACAUCUUCAAACUCCAAGCGGAAACAACCCUCUGCCACCAGCGCCGCUGGCAGGAAGAUUGCUCGUAAAACCGCACACAGCAUCAUCGAGCGACGCAGGCGGAGUAAGAUGAAUGAAGAGUUUGGAGUGCUCAAAGAUAUGAUCCCCGCCUGUGAAGGUGUGGAGAUGCAUAAGCUGGCCAUUCUGCAGGCCGGUAUUGAGUACGUGCGCUACCUCGAAGGAUGUGUUGCACAACUCAAAGGCGAAAAUGACAAGCAACUGAAGAUACAACCAACAUCGCGGAUGCAGAUUGACGACCAGGAAGAGGAUGACUUUGACGACGAUGAUGAAGAUGAAGACGAAGACGAGAUGGCUCAAGAGCAACCUGAGCCUGCACCACCCGCCAAACGUUACAACACAUCGGUCCCGAAUGAGUGGUCUAUGAGGGACUCUCGGUCUUCGAUCGCCUCGUUGAGCAGUUCGGCUCAUCCCUCUCCCCAUAUCUUGUCUCAAACACAGAGUCAUGCAGACGACCAGGCCGGUCAAAGAAAACGCCCGAUUCUGCCUGCAGGCAUAGGAUCAUUUUCGGCAUCACCAUCUCAGAUCUCGACGAACGUCACAUCUGCGACUUCUACGCCGACUUUACUCAGCCCUGCGUUCAACUCGAUCCAUUUCUCGCCGGACCUUACCCGCAUCCAGACGAAUAGCAAUAUGGGCAAAUUUACAGGCAGCGGAUCUUUGGCCGCUCCCUCGACGUCCGGAUCAUGGACCACCGUCAACCCGACGUCUAAUCCCAGUCCAAAUAUGCAGCCUCUGCCCUCGCCGAAAGCGGCUAUCAAUAUGCCUCUGCCUCCUCAUCCCUCGACGAAUCUCAAACUACCCCAGCCAUUCGGUGCGCCUGCGGAGAGAGACGCACAUAGCAAGUCUCCGGGUGCGCAGAGUGAUGCGUCAGGCACAGCGGAGGCGACUGCCAGUGCGGCGUUGAUGAUGCUGACGAACGAUUGGAGAGGUGGCGCGGGACGAGGUGCUGGUGCUCCCACUGGUGCUGGUGCAGGGGGAGAUGAUAGAGGCAAGGGUAUGAGUGUGAGGGAUCUGCUUAGUUCAUGA